CAUUGUUUCAAAACACACAAACCCUUGUUUCUUUGUAUUUUCUUUUCAAGGAGAGAGCUAGACUUUCUUGUAAAUUUUCAACAUUAAUAGCAACAGUUCACUGGGUUUUUUGAAGUUUCAAAGUUUUCCUUUGGACAUUGGCUCCCUUUUCGCUCAUUUAUGUCCAGUAUUACUUGACUAUUUGCAAAGAAAUGCUUUUUUUGUUAUAUUUUAUAUAGCCACUUAACACUGACCUAUUCCUGCAUAAGGAGGCACCUAACUCAAACAAUGGACCAGUUUAGAAGUCUUAGGAAAAUUAAACACAGGUUUAAAUGAUGAGUACUUCUAAUACUGCAACUACUAAAGAAAUUGUUAGAAUUUUUACUGUUAUUAUUACCUUUUGGUCAUUGUUUAUAGUUUCCCAAAACAUAUAUAUAAUGCUCAGAUUUACAGUUUAAAAUAAAACUGCAUAUAAAGAAAACUAAAGUACUAAAUGGGAAGGAGUAGUCUUUCAUCUUCUUACUUUCAACAUAUUCUAAUAUGCCUUAUCUUAGCUCCUCCAUAUUUGAUGACAACAGGUUAAAGGACAUUUUGCACAAAUGACUGAGAACAAGUUCAGAUUUAAAAAAAUUCCCAGCAUGCAUCUCUGCCACAACUGGUGCCGAAAGGCAGCUAUUUUAAUCAGUGGAGUGGAACCAAAGUGUAACAAAAAGUUAGACUUUGGUUCACAAUAAAGAACCAUGACAUAUAUGUUAUAUAACAUACAGCCUAACUCACAUAAUCUGUCAACUUUAACUUGAAUACUGUGAGCAUAAAUAUUCAGUUUAAUGUGUAGAGGCUAUUUUAUUUGUGUUGUUAUGUUAUGUUGACUGGAGCCUCCAUGUUUUUAUAGGGGGGACUGCCCUGGCCUCUCCUCCUUAGAAUGUGUGGCCUUAUUUAGUUCGUUGGUCACUUAUUCACACCUAUCCAAACUGGGUGAUGUGUCCAAGACUGUAGUAGUGUAGUUGAGUUAAUGAGAUCAUACUUCAGAAUCAGUUUUAGUAAGAAGGAGAUUAUUUCUUAGCACAUAAACAGAGUGUGGAGAGGACUUUAAGGACAUUAAAAAGAUGGCAUAGAAAGUCAGACGGAAAACUGUGGAAGAAAUUCCAAAUGUAUUCUCAAAAUGAUCAAUAAUAUAUAUUACUAAUAUAUUACUAAUGCUCCUUCAUACUUUUCUACCUGUUACCAACAUUAACAGAAAAAAAGGUUUAUAUGAAUGACUCGUAUAAACUCAUAUUUAAUGUCUUGAAAAAUAUAUAUAUAUCAAGAUUUGCAAUAAUGGUAAUUACUCAGUAGAAAAUGUGUGGUGCCACUUUACCUUCCAACAUUACUCCUUUGCACAGAAUUGACAGUAAAAAAAGGUAUUAUUUAUAUACUUCUUACUGUCUUAGUGCUUUCUACCAAACAUCUUAGUCCUUUCAAUGUAAAGAAUGCAAAAAAAACCAGCUUGUAGCUCUGCAUGCACCUGUCUCUUCAUGAUACAAACCAAAAGUGAAAGUAAUGUGAACACUUCUUAUACUGCGCUAAAGUAACAAAUACUUCACAUUGGCAACCUGUUUAAAUGCAAUAAUUUUGAAGCAUUAUGAAUAAAAGCUAACUCCAUAUUUAAGUGAAAAGAAAUAAGAUAAGCAGGGCUAUCUGUUUUUUAAAUGGUAAUAGCAGAAACUGAAAAACAUAAACACAGCACAAGUUUUAAAGUGUUCAACCUUGCAUGGACAGGGACAAGCAGAGUUCGGUUAUGCGGGUAGUGAUAUGCCUCACUGUUCACUCACUCUUUAUUAACUGGUUCUUAAACAAAGAGAAGAUGUUAUCUUAAACUGGAAAUUUCUGUUUAUUGCAGUGCAUUGAAAAACAAAUCAGACAAAAAAUGAAAUGUUAAAUGCAGAAAGGCUUGAAAACUUCAGUGCCAUUGUCUCACAGUGACAAAACAAAAACACUGAUAUACGUUUUCUUUUUUUAUAUUAUUCUUUUUUUUACUUCUCAAGAGACAGACACGGUUUUGAGUUUAGUUAAGCAUUAUGUGGUCAAACCAGUUUAGCUGCUGUGCAAGGUGUGUGCCAUUGUGUUCCUCCUUGAAUAAUUCUCACUCAACAGGCUGCAUUAGAGUGGAUGAAAGACAUGCAAGUAGGUGUUAAACUUGUUUAUCUAGGCACCGUUUACCAAAAGCAGCAACACAAGGAAUUUUUGACAAAGGCUGCUGUCCAAAAAACAGAACAAAAAACCCCAAAUAGGAACUGUUAACUGUUAAAGUACCACUCUGUGUACUGUUUAAGAAUACUUUAGUCUUAUAAAAGGUUGAACCUUGUUCUGAUUAAAAGAAAAACAAAAAACAAAAAAACCCAGAAAAAAACCUCCUUGUGGACUUUGAACUUUGUCGUUUGUGUUGGUUACACUGUAAUCAAGAAUUCGGAGCAGGAAGUUUUAGGAUUAUGCGCAUAGACAGGAACAGAAAGAGAGAGAGGCAGGGAGAGAGAGGGAGGGACUUGUCUUGAUUCAGUACAAUGACGUGCGGUGUGGUGCAAUUUUCACAUGACUCAAGCACUUGUGGGCUACUUUGGUAAGGUGUGGAGCUGAAUACCCAGUGGAAAUGCACACUUUGGAGUGGAUUACAACAUGAGGUUUUAAAGAAAAGAAAUAUGCAUAGAGGAAUGCUGUAGGACUGCUGCAGAUACCUAAAGAAGAAUGAUGGCUCUUGGAUGGUCCUUCUGGUGUAUUUUACUGAGUCUACACAUGCCAGUUCAUGGCUUGGAGAUUUUUGAACAUGACAGCCACAAAGUCAUUUGCUCAAAGGGUCUCUCUAAAUGCAAGAUGAAAGAUGAGAUGCCUGUUAAUCCCAGCAAAAACACUGUGGAUGUUCAGACACUAAAACCAGAUUUUAAGCUCUGCUGUACGAACAAGACAGCAUGUGCAUUAUGUUUGGUGAUAGACAUAGAGUUUAACAUCGAUCCAGAUGAAGACACAGAGGAUCAAGGCUCCUCUGGCUCAGAAAUGGAAGAAUACAGAGAAGACAAGAUCACUUCACAAGGGUCAUUGACAGUAUGUUAUUGCACAGACGCGUCCAUGCCAGAGUGCAAGAAGGUGGUGUUUACAGUGAAUCAUGAAGCUCUUACUCAACAAAACCAGCUAAAGAUCUCAGUGGUGAUUACUCAGUCAGAUGGCUUUCCCUUUGAAAUCUCCCUGAUUGUCCGUAGCUCAAGUAUAACUGAAAGGGUUGCUGCUCCUUCUUUUAAUGAAGUGUGCUCCCAGGAACUGCAGAAAACUUUACCAGAGUGUCAAGUGCCCAAAUUCACAUUUGCAGUAAACUCAAAGAUGAAUCAAGUGGAGCUGCAGCUUGAAGACGGGAAUAAGAUCCCCCCCUCGAUGUGCAUCCAGUACGAGCAGAAGGGAAGGUGUCAGAGUUGGAACAGGAUGACCCUACCACUGUACUCCGUAACCCGCUGCAUGUGUCUCCAGCUGUGGUACGAGGAUGGACAAAGGUCUACACGGUCACUACAAUGCCCCUUCAGUAAAUCUGAUUCUCUACAUGAAUCACAAAAGAACAUAUGGGAAAAUAUCACCGUGUCAAAGCCCCAUGUACAAAUGACCAGCUUUGGAGAAAUGUUAUCCUGGAACGUGUCUGCACCUUGCAGGCUGGAUGGUAAAGUGUGGCUGCUUAAGAAACACAGUCGAAGCAGGAGUGCCUUCAGCCAACAGCUGGAAAAUGGCACUGCAUGGAAACAAAACAUCAAGGGCCUCUGGGUGAACACAUUUGUGUUUGAAAAUGUACCCCUCCGGCCCUUGCCGUGUUUGAUGAUGAGAGUAAAGGGAAUGGAACAUGACCUAGGUCCAUUUUGUUUUGAUAACAAUGUUGCAGCUGGCAGGUGGCGCUGGAGUCUCCUAGCCACUGCUGUUAUGCUGCUGGCUUUCAUUACUGUGCUGUUGUUAUGGUCCUUUCAUAAAUCUAUCAAGGGAUGGGUGUGGAGCUGGCAACAUGGUGGGAUAGUAAAAAUUGGUAAGAUGCGUCAUGUUGUCCUGCUGAGCCCCCCAGACGUGGAUGAUGCCACUUCUAAGUUGGUGUGUCAUAUCGGGUCCAACCUCAGUGACAAGGGCUUCAGUGUGUCUGUCGACCAGUGGAGCAGGAGGGAGCAGUGUAAUUGGGGGCCUCUGCCAUGGCUGCAUUCACAGCUGCUGGAGCUUAACAGCCUAGGUGGCCGAGUUCUGCUGGUUCUGACACGUAGAGCCUUGGAGAGAACCGAAGAAUGGAUGCACUGGAACAAAGAUAUUAUCAACGAAAGCAUGGGGAACAAAGAAAAUGAUCUACCAAAGCUGUGGUCACCUUAUUCUGAUUUGUUCACAGCCUCCCUGUCCCUCAUUCAAGCUGACAAGCUCCUUGAUAGAGCUGGUAAACGUUUCGUUUUGGUGAAAUUUGAUUCCCACCCAAGAGAGACUCACACCAGAGACAGGUGUUUACCAGAGCUUCUUCAGGGGCUGCCACUGUUUAGUCUUCCCUCUCAGACUCAGUCUCUCCUAGCUGAGCUAACUGUGACAAAGACAGAGAGAGGAUCAUAUGGAGGAAGGUGAGGUACUCCAAUGGCUAAAAAGGGACCAAGACCAGC